GGCAGUAUAUACAACAUUUUAUAGACCUAGGGUUUGUCUCUGGUGAGCAUCUUGGACUGGCUAACCCUGCUGCCCCGCAGCUGCCCCUUCCCAUAUAACCCAUGCACAUCCUCUUCACUUCCCUUGCACCAUCAUCUUCCUCUUGUUUCUCUUGCUUCUCUCUCGCUCUCUCUAUCCUUCGUUGGUUUGGGCACAAAAGGCAACAGGAGAUUUUCCAAGAUCGAUCUUAGGGCCGGCGAGGGAGAGAGCCAGCAUGCAUCCGAGUGGCGGCGCGCUGUCGGUGCCACCGGGCUUCCGGUUCCAUCCGACGGACGAGGAGCUCCUCUACUACUACCUGAGGAAGAAGGUCGCCUAUGAGGCCAUAGAUCUUGACGUCAUCAGGGAGAUCGACCUCAACAAGCUCGAGCCAUGGGACCUCAAAGAUCGGUGCAGGAUAGGCACGGGGCCGCAGAACGAGUGGUACUUCUUCAGCCACAAGGACAAGAAGUACCCGACGGGGACGAGGACGAACCGGGCCACCACGGCGGGGUUCUGGAAAGCGACGGGCCGCGACAAGGCCAUCUUCCUCGGCAGCGGCUCCAGGAGGAUCGGCAUGAGGAAGACGCUGGUGUUCUACGUCGGGAGGGCUCCCCACGGCAAGAAGACCGACUGGAUCAUGCACGAGUACCGCCUAGACGAAGACAACGUCGAGGUCCAGGAAGAUGGCUGGGUGGUGUGUAGGGUUUUCACCAAGAAGAGCUACACGAGAGGCGUGAACCCGGCGGAGAUGGCGGGGUACGACGACGACGAGCUCCUCCACCCUUUCCCGGUUCCAUCUUCCACCGCCGGCGCAAUGCAAAUGAUCACGGACCAGAAGCACAUCAUGCACAACCCCGGCCACCUCAUGCAGCAGCAGCAGCAGCACUACGACUUCCCUUCCUUCGACGCGUCCAUGCAGCUCCCGCAGCUCAUGAGCGCCGAGCACGAGCAGCAGACGCUCUCCUCCUUCCUCCCCGGCGCACCGGCCGCCGUCGCCAUGAGCUCGCACGAGCUCGAGUGCUCACAGAACCUGAUGAAGCUCACGUCGAGCGGCGCCAACGGAAUGCUCCACCACGGUGGCGGUGGCGGUGGAGGCGACCCCCGCUUCCCCGGCACGGAUUGGUCCAUCCUGGACAAGCUCCUCGCCUCGCACCAGAACCUGGACCAGCUCUUCCAGGGCAAGGUUGCCGCCGCAGCAGCGGCAUCAAUGGCACCUUAUCAGCAGCAGCAUCAGCAGCAACUCAUGGAGCAGCUUGGAGGCAGCAGCACUUCAUCCAUGCAGAGGAUGCCACUGCAGUACCUCGGCUGUGAGGCCGCCGACCUCCUCAGGUUCUCCAAGUAGCUAAAUGGAGCUUUGCCUAGCUAGCUGCCAUGCUAUAUAGUACUGUUGAUCUGAUCAGCUCCUGUUUUUCAUGUUUUUGUUAAGACCUGGUUCAUUUGAUCGUCGAUCUACCUUGGUACGGAAUGCAUCUAAAUGUGUAUAAAGGAAACUUUUGUAUAUGUGGCUUCGAGUUUGCCUUAAUUUGCUUAACCUACAAAAUUUGGAGCUAGUAUUGUUUAGCUACACUAUACCUAUUAGAGCAGGUAGGGCAGUUAAUUUGCUCCACUAAGGUUCUAUAUUCAUUCAACAAAUUAAUGGCAAACUCGAAGUCACAUUUACAAAGAAAAAUCUAGCAAUGCAUACGGUGGUGUCUUUUGCGCUCUGUUGUGGAGCUAGCCUGGUUGGAGACGAUGAGGAUAUAGUUUUGAAGUUUCAA